GGUCAUGUCACAGUUUCCGAGGACUAUAAAGGGAGCUGAUGAGCGAUCCUCCUGAUUGCUGCUCACUGACACGACGUUUCUCCUGAAGUGUCCUGAAGACUUUGACGAUGCUUCUGUCCUCUUCCCGCUGUCUCGUCCUUCUACUUGUGUGGAACUCAACGGACGCUGGACGGAUUCUGGGGAGGAUCAAGGAGCGCGUGCGUAACCUCUCGCUGCAAAAAGCCAAGCAGCCUCUCCAGCGCGUGAAGGAAGGCCGGAUCCACCAGCAGCUGGACCACUUUGACCGCCUGGACGUCAGCACCUUCCCUCAGAGGUUCUUUGUGAACGAGGCGCACUGGCGGCGUCCGGAUGGUCCGGUGUUCCUCUAUAUCGGAGGAGAAGGGCCCAUUUCUGAGUCCACUGUUCUGGCAGGUCACCAUGUCGCCAUGGCCGAGGAGCACGGGGCGCUGCUGUUGGCUCUGGAGCAUCGUUUCUAUGGCGACAGCAUCAACCCUGACGGCCUCAAAACGGAGAACCUGUCAGGCCUGAACAGCCAGCAGGCGUUAGUGUCGCGUUGUCCGAAUCGCGUAUCAGUGACACAACGGGGCCACAGCUUCCCGUCAUGCCUGUGCACGUCUCUACGAAGACUGAAGCGUUGUUUCGUGUGUGUUUUGUCCAGACUCGCUGACUUGGCGGUAUUUCACCAGCACAUCAGCCAGAGCUUCAGCCUGAGCCAGAGGAACACCUGGAUCAGCUUCGGAGGCUCGUACGCCGGCGCCCUGUCGGCCUGGUUCAGAGGAAAGUUCCCCCACCUGGUGUACGGAGCCGUGGCCUCCUCCGCUCCUGUCAGGGCGAAGUUGGACUUCUCGGCCUACAGCAGCGCCGUCGGCUCGAGCCUCGCCAACGAAGCCGUUGGUGGAUCAGAAAAGUGCCUGGUUGCUGUGCGAGACGCCUUCGCCGCCGCCGCGGCCCUGAUGGGCGGGAACGCCAGCCGCGCGGCCGCGGACUUUGGAUGCUGUCAGACGCCGAAGAACCUCGACGAUCAGAUUGAGCUGAUGCAAAACCUGGCUGACAUCAUCAUGGGGACCGUGCAGUACAACGAAGAAGGGGUGCUCAUGUCGAUCAAUGAGCUCUGCGGGGUGAUGACCAACACCAGCGAGGCAAAAGUGGAGGAGAUGAGGCCUUACAACCGCCUUGUCAGGCUGGCAAAGAUCUACCGUUCGUCCAGUGGGGAACCAUGUCUGGACAUCUCCCAUGAGAAAACAGUGACGGCACUGAUGGACACGACCGUCCACUCAGGCAGGAGAACAGAGAGACAGUGGACCUACCAGACCUGCACUGAGUUUGGCUUCUACCAGACUUGUGAGGACGCCUCCUGUCCCUUCUCUGGGUUGGUGACCCUGAGGUCUCAGACUGAACUCUGUCUGAUGCUGUUUGGCAUCUCCCAGGAUUCUCUGCCCGAACGCGUCGCCUUCACCAACACUUACUACGGAGGAGACAACCCCCACACACACAGGGUCCUCUACGUCAACGGUGGAGUUGACCCGUGGAAGGAGCUGUCGGUGGUCCGGCGCCGAGCCGAGGGCGGAGAAGGGGCCCGGACCGUCUUCAUCAAGGACGCGGCUCACUGUGCCGAUAUGAUGAGCCGGAGAGCCACGGACCGCCGCUCGCUCGCGGAGGCCAGACAGGAGAUCGAGGAACAUGUGGUCGGCUGGCUGAAGAUGGCCGCCCUGGAGAUGAUGGUCUGAUCACAUUAUAACCCGAUCAGCUCUUAUCACGGUUCCCUUAAGCAGAUUCGUGAGCCUGUGCGCAUGGCAACUGUGCUUCCUCAUCAUCAUCAUCAUCAUCCUGUACUUCCUCUCCGCCCCUCCUGUUCCCGCAGUUUAUCUCAGCACAGAUCUGUGUGUUUGUGCGCCUUGGUAUUUUUUGAAUGCGUCUUUGAGAAUUUCUUCUCUUUUAUAAACAGUAUUGAUUUUAAAAAGUGGAGAAGGUUCUGUUGCUUUUCUAUAUCCGCUGUCUUAUAUUCAUGGAAACUCUUAAGAUGUGUAAACCUGGUGUGUUAAUGCCUUUAACAACCCUCAUGUAACAUCAUUAAUGUGUUUUAUUUAAACCCAUAUUCAUCAGUUCAGCAGUCCUAACCCCGUAUGAUCACCGGGGUGCGAUAUCGCUGCGUGUGUGUCCAUCUCUUGUUCCGCUUUCAUUGUAAAACACAAGCAUUGUGAGUCCGAAGUCGCUGCUUGUUCUCUAUUGCUGGUAUAAUAAAAUGUUGUAUUAAAAAGGCGGCACAUUUA